UUAAGGCUCCAUCUUCUGAGCUAGUCACUGCACCAUCAUACCUUUAAAAGACUGUAAAACCCAGAAAUGAUGGAUCCUGCUAUGGCGGCAGCUUGGACAGUUAAUAGAUUAAAAUGGAAAUUGAUUGAGGUCUUUGAAGAGGGUACAAACGAUUUGUUGGAUGAGCUCAGCUCUCUUCAUGCAAUAACUAUAGACGAGUACAUCCGUAUAUGCACGUUUGAAAACCCAGUAGAGAGGACGGAGGAAGUGCUUAAUCUAAUACUCGAAAAAGGAGAACCCGUCUGCAAUGAAUUCCUCAACCACUUGGAGAACAUAAUACCCCGAUUUCCUAAAUUACCCAGUCUUUCAAGAUUCUUCCCAGAGACUAAAAAAAAAGUUUUUGAUGAACUGCUGAUGCAACUUAGCAUGGAAGGCAUGGAAUGGAAUCAACAUAUAAAGUUCCCACUUAAGAAUAUAUUAGAGAUUGCGAAAAACAAUUUGAUGAGCAUUGACAUUGAAAAAAUACAAGACAUUCCAUGGCAUUUUCUAAGGAAACUCAUGGCUCUCAACAGAACUGCCAGGAACACGUAUUGGAAGAAAACAACAUUGAAUCAGGGUUCAAGUGAAGAUGAAGACAUAAAUGAAAUUUAUGGAAUUGAGAUUAAAAAUGACACAUUAUAUUUUCUUCACCCUAUGGAUGUCCUGUGUGUUCUCCUGCAUUGUUCAGAUAUUUUUUUGCAACAGGAAAUUGUGUCAAAAAUGGCAAUGUGUCAGUUUGCCGUUCCUCUACUACUCCCAGCUGAUGAUGGUUCAAACUGCACCUUCAUGCUAUGGGCAAUGAGAAAUAUUGUGAAGAGGUGGAGACCUCACUCAUCAGUAGACAGUAAAGGAUUUAUGGAGGAAAAUGUGGUGAGUGAAGCCAUGCCAAUUUUGUCUUUUGUGAAGAUCGGCAAAACCAAGUUAUCCAAAUCUAAAAUCCUGAAUCAGGUUCUCAGCCCACCUCAGCAAUAUCAUGAUUUUUUCAUACACAACAACAUGGAAGGAGGGAAUAAUACGAGAAAAAUAUCAGAUGGACUAGUGGAAAUGUCCUGGUAUUUUCCUUCUGGGAGUGAAAGAUCUGACAUUUUCCCAGAGCCGAUUGCAGUGACCAAUCUACGAGGAGACAUGGAGUCUAACUGGACACAGUUCAGCUUCUUAACCCGAGUCUCAUCAGCUGUGUUUAUAUUUACAAACACAAUCUGUGAGAGAGAAAUUCGACUGUUGUCAAAGUGUAUUAAACCAGAGCUAAAGUACUACUUAAUUAUCACUCUAAGCUCUGAGAAAGAUGUAAACGAUGAGAUAAUUCAGAAUCUGCAAAAAUGUAAGUCUCUGCUUAAAUUUGGAAAAAAUAAUAUAAUAUUAAAAAAAAUAAAAGAAAAUGAUGCAAUCCUGGUUAAAAAAAUUCAAAAUGCUAUUAGGUCUUUUAUAAAAGAUUCUCCAAGAAUGGUUAUCCAAAAUAUGACAAAGUGUACAAAUAACUUUGGUAUUUGUAUAGAUGAAGGUUAUAGAGAAUGGUAUAUUCAAAAAAACCUCUCCACGGACAUAACUCAGGAGAUAAAAGAUGUGGUUCAGUAUAAAAAGGAAACAAUGAGUCUGCAGGGAGAUCUGUGGAAACAAAUAUCUAAAAUAGAAAAAGAACUGUGUAGAAUGAAAAACCAAGAAGGAAAAGAUGCAGAACAAUAUCAGUGUGAUUUGAAAAAUCAACUCACAUCACUACAUAAGAGGCAAUAUGAAAAACAUCUUCCCAGUGGUAUACAGUUGUUUAUUGAUGGCAUAACAGAUUUAACCCAGGCAGAGAAACAUCACUUUUUGAAGCUGCUGGAAUUUGACCUUGAUAAAAUUGCUAGGAUUAACCUGUCAACCUUACAGGCUGAAUACAUGAACAAAUGUAAAGAUCCAUUAAAAAAUCUGGAAGAACUAAAAGAGAUUGAUAAAAAAAUAUCAGAUAGCUCUUUGCGAAUUGAGCAUUUUCUGCGUGAGAUGGGGCAGUUUUAUGAAGCUGAAUGCUCCAUGUACAGAAGAAAGCAAAUUCAGAAAGAUCAGAGAAAAUAUACCAGACUCCCGGGAAUAGCUGCUGAUCUCCUGCUGGAUGGGUUACCAUUGGAGCUGAUUGAUGGAGAUGCCUCCAACAUCCCCCUGCAGUGGAUAACUGAUGUCCUGACUGAGCUGGACACCAAGACAGGAGGACAAUGCAGAAUGAGAGUAAUCACUGUGCUGGGAAUUCAGAGUACGGGGAAAUCCACCCUUCUGAACACCAUGUUUGGGUUGCAGUUCCCGGUGGCCAGUGGACGAUGCACACGAGGGGCUUUCAUGACAUUUAUCAAAGUAGAAAAUGACUUUCAGGUAGAGCUGGGCUGUGAGUUUAUUCUAGUUAUUGAUACAGAAGGUCUGAAAGCUCCAGAAUUGGCUUUUCUGGAAGACAGUUAUGAACAUGAUAAUGAGCUAGCAACGCUAGUGGUCGGGUUGAGUGAUAUCACCAUAAUUAACAUGUCCAUGGAGAACACGGCAGAAAUAAAAGAUAUUCUGCAGAUUGUGGUCCAUGCUAUUCUCAGACUAAAACACAUAGGAAAGAAACCUAAUUGCCAGUUUGUUCACCAGAAUGUGAGUGAUGUAUCUACUCACGAGAAGAACAUGAGAGCCAGAAAGAAACUCCUGGACCAGUUGGAUGAAAUUACUAAUAUUGCAGCAAAGAUAGAAAAAAAAUAUGAAAUCACAAGAUUCAAUGAUGUGAUAGAAUAUAACAUUGAGAAAGACAACUGGUAUAUUCCUGGUUUGUGGCUUGGAAUCCCACCUAUGGCUCCAGUAAACUCUGGCUAUAGUGAGAAGAUUUCUGAAUUGAAACAGUACUUACUAGACUUAGUGAAAAUGUUCAAGUCGGUAAAUACUCCUCUCCAAAUUCGUGAGUUCAUUAUAUGGAUAAAGAGUUUGUGGAACGCAGUAAAACAUGAGAAAUUUCUUUUUAGUUUUAGAAACAGUCUAGUGACUGAAGCUUAUUACAAAUUGUGUGUUCAGUUCUCAGAGUGGGAAUGGAACUUUACCAAAUAUGUUCACAGCUGGGUCAUUACAAAAGAGACAUUAAUUAUGAAUCAGCCAGCAGAUAAAUCACAGACAGAAACCUGCGUGGAUUACAGAAAAGAGCUAGAGGAGAUACUGUGUGAGAACGAAAACAAAAUGUUAGUUUCUCUAAAAAAAUAUUUUGAGGAUAAAUCUGAAAAUGUGAAUCUUAUAGAAAAAUACUUUCAUGAUUUCACUAGAAGUAUAGAAUCCCUAAAAAAGGAACUGGAACUAAAUGCAAUUAAGAAAUGUAAUGAAGCUUUCAACAUACAAGAAGUGAAAUUUAAGAUUCAAUGCCUUCAGGAAAAUUCCAUGAAAAUGAUCGAAAGCAAUGUUAUAAAUCUCUUGGAAGACUGCAGAAAAGCAAACAGUCCACUUAACAAAACACAACUGGAAGAAAAAUUUAACUCAAUGUGGGAAAGAAUCAUCUCAGAUUUGCAGUUCGAAGCUUUGAAAUCACACAAUAUAAGUCAGUCUAUUGUAGAACAACUACAUAAAAGUAUGAGGCACAAAGAAACUAAUGCACAAAAACUACUCAUUCUGAACAAUUUAGAUGAAUAUGGACACAAUACUUUUGAGAUGGAUAAAAAGUAUUUGGACCUUUGUGAACUUUCUUCGCUAGAAUGCAACAUGUCUUACAUCCAUCAAGAUUGCUUUGAUAAAACAGCUCAGCUCGCUAACUUUCUAAUAGACACAUGUGACAAAUAUGUUGAAGAGAAAAUCAGUAUGAGAUCUGGCUACUAUGACAUCUACUGCCAGGAACUGUUGCGCUUGAUCGAUGACAAACUUGAGAACAAGGAUGUUAAAAAGUAUUGUUUUAAUUCACUUUUUGAAGUAGAUAUUAAGCUUUUCAUUUUAGGACGAGCUGCAAGGGCAUUCCAGGAGAUGCACGAAACAUUUCUCCUUGAGAACGACCCAAAGAUCUGCCUGGAAAAUCUAAAACCAAAGUAUUUUUCAACUUUUGUAAGUAUUUACGAAGAAAAAGACCAAAGUCACCACAUGGCUAAAAAAUUGUGUGAACUCUGUCUGAAGCCGGCUUUAACUCAAUAUAUUUACAAACAUCUUGGGAAGGAAAUUGUGGAUGAUUGUAUAAACAGUUUGGAUUCUAUUAUAUUUAAGAAUCGACCCCUUUUCCAUGUUACUGUACUGGAAAAUCUGUUAGAGAAAGAAAUAUUUGAGGAAUAUGUUAACUAUAUCAACUCAUAUGAGAGCUUUUUGAAAAACUGGGUAUUAAAAUACAUUUCAGAUAAAUAUAGAAAAUCUCCAGGUCUGCAAAUGUUACAAUCAAACUUACUGUCUUCUGUGGUUGAGAGAAUCAAAGAUGUUCUCAAAAAAGAAAAAUGCACGGAUAGUCCAAAAAUGUCAAAUAUCUUGGAAAAUAUUUGUGAAGAGUUAAAAUCUGAAUUGGUAAUUCCACAGAAUCAAAUGCAUAUGAUUGGUUUUGGGGACAAUACAAAUAUUGAGCGGUUUUCUGCUGACAUUGAGACUUUUCUUUCAGAAACUGAAAACCAAAUACAAGUAGAAAUGUCAUCAUUGAGCGUUGAGUUCAUCAUCGCCAAGGUGACAUUGAAUCCAGUGGAUGAACUGCUGAAGAAGGUGAUCGGAUGUGGGAAGCAGUGUCCGUUCUGUAAAGCCCCCUGUGAGGCCGGAGGUGUUGGUCAUACAGAACACUUUGCAUCCAUUCACAGACCUAAAAGUUUAGGAGGAUAUAAAAAGACUUGGGAAGAAGACUGCAGUUUAGUGACAGAAAUGUGCUCAAUGUCUGGGAGGACAUUUAGAAACCAGGACACAGACUGGAAAGAUCACUCAUACAAGGAAUAUCGCACAAUUUACCCAGACUGGUCCAUCCAGCCUGAUCCCAGCAUUGAGUCCACUGAUUACUGGAAAUACAUUUUCGCAAAGUUUAAUGAGCAGUUUGCAGAAGAAUAUAAAGCCAAACCGGCUGAACUGUCGGAGCAAUGGAAACAGAUAGACAAAGAACAAGCUCUGAGAAGCCUGAAAGAAGCUUUUAAUAUAAAACAAUAGCAUCAACAGUAAGUGGGGCCACAUUGUACAACUUGGUGAAUGUAUUUUAAUAGGAAGUAAAUUUACCCUGUGAAAA